AUGUCAAAUCUCAAGAAAAUUUUCAUCGUGGGCGGCACUGGCGCCCAGGGCAUUCCCGUGGUCCGCGACUUGGCACCCGUUUUUGCCUUGCGAAUUCUCACUCGAGACCCAUCUUCAGCCCGCGCCCAACAGCUCCUCACCUAUUCCCCAUCACCCGGACAGAUAGAGUUGUUUCAGGGAACAUUCGAAUCUAUGUCGGAUCUACGUCAGGGCCUGGAGGGUUGCUGGGGAGUAUUCAUCAACCUGGAUGGUUUUAGUGUCGGUGAAAAGAGCGAGACAUUCUGGACUAUACGCUCAUACGAAUUGGCAAUUGAGCUUGGUCUCAAAUCAUUUGUCUUUGGUAACUUGGAUUAUUACUACAAGAAGGCUGGAUACAAGGACGAGUUUCGCGUUGGACAUGCAGACGGAAAGGGAAGAAUGGGAGAGUGGAUAAUCGACCAGCACCGACGAAACCAGAAAGCUCUUGCGGGCUACGACAUGAAGGUGUCCCUGCUCACGACAGGUGUAUAUCUCGACAUGGCGAUUUCUUCUGCUGGGCCAGCCGUACCAAAAGUUGAAGUUGACGAAGUCACGGGUGAGGAUAUCCUUACCUGGCGGAUCCCCCUUACACGCGAUGGAGCAGUCGUUCAUGUUGCGCUGGAUGAUUGUGGCUUCUACGUUCGAUGGUUGUUUGAAAAUCCUCAAGAGGCGGAUGGUCGAGACCUGGAAGUGGCUAUUGAACACGUGCAUUACGACGAUCUUGCCAAGGCAUUCGAACGAGUCACUGGACGAAAGGCACGUUUUAUCGAUGUGGAUUUCGAGACAUACUGGAGGGAAGGGUCCCUCGCCCAAACUGCGGACAGACCUGUUGGCGUCGCGGCCGACGCGAGUGACAGCGCCAAUAUGACCAUCAAACAGAACUUUACCGGAUGGUGGAACAUUUGGAGGGCAUCUGGUUAUAACAAAGGCGUCAUUCAAAGGGACUACCAUCUACUGGAUAGAAUCUUCCCCGGGAGAAUUCGCACCGCGGAGCAGUUCUUGAGGCGGAUUGACCAAGAGGAGCGGAAGAGGGGAAGCACACUGUGGGACAAGAUGGUAGCCAACAAACCGAUUCUAAAGGUUCAAGAAGAUGGAUUUACCAGUGUCAGGGACCUGUAG